CCUGGUGACCUUUUUCAGUCGCUGUCGGUAAUUGCUGUAUGUAUUAGGAUCAGCUCUAUGUUUUCUUUACAAAGCUAUCAACUGUUACCAACGGCUGUUAACUGCUGUCAGCCCCAGCCAAAUGUUGUAAUAUGUUGUGUUAUUGCUGGAGCAAUUUCAGUACCUUUGGAUUCAUUUUCAGCCACAGUGAUGUUGCGUUGACUGUUUAAGCUACCACGUUGGCUAGUCGGACUGAAGAUGGCAGCACCUGUCUGAGUUCUUCAGACAAGAAUCAGACAAAGACCCCAUGGAGUCUGACUCACCUAAUAAGAAAUGAACUAUGAAAAGAAAAGAACCCCACUUCUCCCAUGAAUAUAUGAACAAGUACACAAACGCAGUGCAGAUACGAAUUGGCAGUGUCUGUCUGUGAUAAUCAGCAAUGGACUUCGCCUACAACAGCUCAGAUGCCGAUGAGGACUUCUUAAACAUCCUCAUCGAAAAUGUGACUUGUCGGAUUUUUGACUUUUCAACCAUUAAUGGAGCCUUUUUCAUCGCAGUCUUCAUCAUCAGCCUCAUCAGCAAUGUCCUCCUUUUAUGUAUUCUGUUUAUUUUUGAAAAACAUAAUCUUUUAACACAUAUCUUCAUCAUAAACCUUGCUUUUUCUGAUUUGAUCUUCACUGUCACAGUUCCCUUCUGGGCUGUCUACCACUUUCAUCACUGGAUCUUUGGGAACGUUUUGUGCAAAGUCAUCAUUUGGAUGCACUUGAUGGGUCUGUACAGUAGCAUCUUUGUACUAACGGCAAUGACUGUGGAACGUUUUUGUACUGUGGUGCUGAACAACUGGCCAAACAACAAUCAGAAGAAGAAACAGUAUACCAUCGGCGCCUGUGUGGGAGCCUGGCUGAGCAGUAUUGGUCCAUCUUCGUAUGAUGCUUCCAAAAUGAUGUCUGAUGAUUAUUACUGUGAAGUUGAGUUUACUGAUGAAUUUAUAUAUUAUUUUCAAAUUGUUUUCCUGAUGUUGAUCCCAACUGCCAUCAUUAUUUUCUGCAAUUGUGCCAUUAUAUAUACUAUUUUACGAGCUGGACGCAGGACAAGGCACAAAGCUCUAAGUAUGGUUUUGUGCAUCGUUGUAGCCUACAUCAUCUGCUGGGGACCCUACAAUAUUGUACUUUUCAUUCCGUCCAAAAACUGUGAAGAACUGCAGCGGAUGAAUAUAGUCUACAAUAUCUGUCGAUUGUUUGCCCAUUGCCACUGUUGGAUAAACCCUAUUCUAUGUAUGCUCACACAGAAGAUACGAAAACACCUGCUUUAUAUCUUGCGCUACAAAGUUGUUAAGACUAAACGAAAGAGAUCCAGAAGCCACACUUCUCUUCAGUAUGUCAGUGAAUCUCGCAGUACAGGUCUUUAAGCAACAUUGCUGAAAUUCAAGUGUACUUGUUAUAGUACAUGCAUAUAGAAUGUAGUAUAGUUUGGAUAUUAUUCUAAAUAGACUGGCAUGACAUGGCUUACCACUCUGAAAUAGUUGGAAGUAUUUAAAAAGAAAAUAAAAAGGGUUUUGGCACCAAAACUGUUUUGACAUGUGGGUGCUGGGUACAAAUGGAUCAGAAAAUUCAGUUUGGCAAAAUAUCUGUUUUAUGAUCUUAGUCAGCUUUUGUAUGUUCAACCUGUUAUUUUUAUUUUUAUUUUUUUUCUUAUUUUGUUUUACAAAUGACGAGGAAUACAUGUACUGUAAAUGUGAAUGAUGAAAUAGGACAAAAAGCAGUUACCAACAAGAAUUGUUGAUUAGGCAAUACCAAGAACAGCUCUAUAAAGAGGGGAAGAGAAAUUAGUCAUUUAUUUGAAAGGUUUUAUAUUUUUUAAAUGUAUAAAUUGGUUUUAUUCUUUGUUUUUGAUGGAUUUUUGGUCAUUUGAAACAAUUGCUAAAUUAACUAUGUACUGAGUUAUGCUGAAUUGCUGUUGAUGCUUCGCUGUUGUUUUGUUUUUUUGUACCUGUUACAGUUUUUGGAGUUCUUUUGUGGGUGUUCUGCUUGAGCAAAUAAAACAUUUCAGCUUGAAAAGAACA